GAACCACUGGAGUGAAUUAUUUUUAGUGAGCUGAACGUGGAUUGUGACAAUGAAAAAUUGAGGAAUAGUGUUUACAUUCAUUUUAUAAUUUAUUUUACCAGUUAUCUUUUUUAUCUCGAUAAAGGAGAGGCGUAUGAAAGUUUCUUUACACAGUGCAAAACGAAUAUAAAUUUCUAAUUAUGAAUAAUGUACCACAUAAGUUUCGUCAAGUUUGUCGAUUGUGCCUCACAUUGGUUAACGAGUGCGAUGUUGCAGUACUACAGAUUUACGAUAAUUCGUCGCAUAAUAAUAGUGCCCCAGACAGAAUAUCGGCCGAUUUUCGUGGCGUCGCGAGUCGUGCCAACUGCUUUUGCAGUGCUUUAAGCCCCAAUCUGUGCAGUUGCAACGUUGAUAACCCGCUAUCAGCCAACAAAAAUGAACGGCGCAACCAGGGAACACCCGUACCCGUACCCGUGCCUGUGCCCGUUCCAAGCCAGCAGACCCAAUUCCAAACCCAAACCCUUCACCAAAACCAAACUAAAAUCCAUUACACGCCAAGUGUGCCUUCUGCUGCGGACGCAAAGUCGAGUGAACGCGAACGCCAAUGCCAAUUGGAGUCGGACAUCGCCGAGAGAUCAACAGUAUUCAAAAGUCAGUCAUCGUCGGAUCACGAACAUAUAGCUUAUAGCGGGGAGACGCCAUCUCCCUCCGCAUCGCAGUCUCAAUCCCAAUCGCAAUCAAAAUCGGAACCAACGCUCGAGGAGGAACAUCAGCAUAAUCAUAAUCAGCAGAGCGGACGCGAAGAGACAAGUGUGAAUAUAACAAAAAUAAGCGGAACCGAUAACUACGGCAAAGAGCACGGUCGGGAUGAUUCAUCAUCACCACAUCUUACAUUUCAGAUAUUCAACUGUCUCUCUAUUAAGGCACUGCCUAACGAUGGAUUACCCAACGUGGUUUGUGGUGACUGCAGACAAAAAUUGGAUUCCUUCGAAAAGUUUCGAACCAUGGCGCACAACUCACAAAUAGCUUUGAAAGAAUUUUUAAAUAUAUCCAAAAAUCUGAGACCAGACCCAAAUGAUUUGGAAACUAAGCUCGAUGCAAUUUUAAAGGCUUCAUCGGAGGCUAUAGCGGCAAAAGCUCUGACGGAGUUAAGCACGUUUUCUAAAGUUAAGUACGACCACAGUAAAUUAGAUUCCACCAUCCAGCCUGGCUUGGAUCGGAAAAUCGAGAUUAGCAAUCAAGAUAUGCCAGCACAUAGCUUAUAUCCAAGUUUAUUCAAAUCAAUUACUAUGAAAAGCGAUCAAAAGAAGUCAAUGUCUGGAUCCUCACACAGUCAGUUUGAUUCAAAACUGCAAAAGGACUCGGAAAUCGAGAAAUAUGAAAAUCUGCAGCAGCAGCUUGAAACGGCUGCCGUUUUAAUGGAUAUAAGCAAAAAAAUUGUAAUUUCCCCUCCAUGUUCGAAUCCGCAAUCUCCGUGUUUUUCUGCAGCUGUAGAUACAAGUAUUAAAAGUUCUGUGAUAAAAUCAAAACGUCCAUUAAACCAAAAUGAAAUUCAGGACGGAGUUGAAAUUGACCUAUCCGUCAAAAAACAAAAGAACGAUUACUCUAAUCAACGGAACGCGGCCCCAAUACACCACUUUUGCCAAACUCCAAUGCUUGAUAUUCAGUCACACUUAAGAAGUGAAGAGGAUUUUCAAAACUACAGUAUUACCAUUAACCAAGUUGGUGGGUCCGACUUCAAAUCAAAAGCACCCAAGGCGAGUACCGGCUCCUUACUAGACUCUGGCGACAGCUCCGACUCUCACAAACUGGAGAUGGACAUCACGUCCUCUAUAAAUGAUAGAAAGACUCCGGAUAGCCUAAGCUCGGAUCACGCCACAGAUGCGGCAACCACUCAACUCUGGCAGGCACUGGCCAGAUCAGCCGCUAAAAGCAAGGAGGAAAAUCAGGCAUCACAAAUAAUUCGCAGUAUGAUGAGCCAGUCUUACGUGUUUCCGGUUCCGUCGACAGUAUCAUUUACAAAAGUACCUGAAGAACCCAUAGCACUAUUAAAGGAUCUAUCAGAGGCUCAAUCCAGCAAAUCAAAACCAUGUAGAAGAAAACAAAGUUUUCCUACCAAAACUGAUUGCAUCGAUGUAGUUAAUGAGAAUGUGACUGAUACUUAUACCACUUCAGAAGCAGCUCCAGAUGAUAAGAAAGAUAAAAGGAACAUAAACCUUUUUAAUGCCAUACCUGGUGCUCAAAAAGAUAUGUCAUGUUCGAAUUGUGGCACCCUCACCACAACAAUUUGGAGGCGAAGUGUGAGAGGAGAGAUGGUUUGCAACGCCUGCGGAUUGUACUUCAAGCUGCAUGGGGUCAACAGGCCGCAUUCAAUGAGACGCGAUACCAUACACACCAGACGCAGGCGUCCUAAAGAAUUGGAGCGAUCUAAAAAGAAACACAAACAAAUGUCAUCAUGUUCUUCAAUAGAACCAACUAAGCCAGAUUUCUUGACGUCUAGGGAAUCUCUAGCCAUGUCUGGCCUGGUUUUAAAUAAAUUCAAAAAGGAAAUUGAUGAUACCGAGACCGCAGCAGCACUUAAAGAUAUUUUAUUAAGGCGUAAGAAGUCAAAUUCUUUGCCGGCGUUUAAUGAUACCUGUGAAAGUGCGGAUCUAUCCGCACCGCUUAACCUUGUUUCCAGUGAAAAUAAUGCAAAGUUAACAUAGAACGCCAAAUAUAUUCCCCUACUCACUUUUCGAAAAGAAGAACCUUUAACCCACAUUUUGUUUAUUUAUGAGGUCGCAUAAGAAAGAAAAACAAAAGGUAUAGGAUUAAAAAUACGUAUAGAUUAUUAAUAAAAUUUUCAUUCUUUAAAACUAAAUUUUAUUCAUUUGUAUCUUUAAAAACUAAUACCAAAAUACUUAUUAGUGUAAAAGAGGUAUACAAAUUGAACCAGUAUGUCAAAACUUUUAAAUAAUAUCACACUAAAUAUAGACCUUAAGAGAGGACAUCAAUACUUAA